CAGCAUUUCAUUUCACUUUGUACUUCAAGCCUGCGAAUUCUGGUUUCUUGUUUUUCACCUGAAUGCAUCAUCUCGCCAUAUACCGGAAACCGGCGUCAGUACUACUUAAUGGCAUAUUACCAAAUCGGAACAGCGGUCCAAAGCCUAGACUUUCUGUAACUCGUACCUUCUUCCCCGGGAGGACUCGCUGUUCGAUUCUCAAUUGCCGUCUGAUUGAAAUUACAGAUCACCCAAAGCACCCGCUUUCCAAUGGCGCCGAAGAACACCGCCUCCGAGCAGUCGGGGUUAAGGAUAUAGAUAUCUCCACGUUCGGGAACCUAUGUGUUGAUAUUGUGCUCAAUGUCCCUAAAUUGCCGCCCAAACCCCAUGACCAACUCAAGGCUUACAUGGAUGAGCUGUCCAAGACGCCUCCAGAUAAGAUUUCGCAGGCUCUCCAUGACUUCGGUCACUUCUAGGUUGCUUCGUGAAAUUCAGAUGGACAGAUGCAAAUUUUUGUGAAAUGAUUCGUGAAAUGAGCCCCUCCAUUAUCCACACUUCAUUAGGAAAUUACUAAAAAUACUUUCUCAUAUAAAUCCAGUCCUCUCAAAUGAGUCUUGGUCACAAUCUUGUUGGGUCAGCUACAUUAUUACCGUCAGGAAUACUGGGAAGCUGGCGGCAAUAGCAAUGUGGUGAUAGCAGCAUCAAGAAUUGGGCUUUGCUGUACUACAAUUGGUUAUGCUGGUAAUGAUGUAUAUGGACGCUUCCUUUUAGAUGUUCUUCACAGUGAAGGAAUCGGUAUGGUUGGACUGAAUGAACAUAGCAACACACUUAACACGUCAAGCGCAGCAUGUGAAACUCUGCUCUGUUGGGUCCUAGUGGAUCCUUUACAAAGACAUGGUUUUUGCAGAUGUUGUUACAAGGGUGAGAAUUACUCUUUUUCAGUCGAACGGAUUUCACCAAGGAUCCUGUAUACAGUUGGAUGAUUGAGUUGCCUGCUGAAGUAAAGAAUGCUAUAAAACAAUCAAAAAUCAUGUUCUGCAAUGGUUAUGACUUUGAUGAAUUCUCUCCCAGACUGCUCGAAUCUGCUUUGGAUUGUGCUGUUGAAGCGGAAACAUCCAUCUUUUUUGACCCUGGUCCAAGGGUGACCCUUGUCUCAGGCAGACCGGAAGAACAGAGAGCAUUAAAAAAAUUCUUAAAGAUGAGUGAUGUGCUUCUCUUCACUUCGGAGGAGGUGGAAUCAUUGACCGGCAUUGAAAACCCAAUAAAGGCGGGGCAAGAGUUGCUGAAGAAAGGAACUCGUACAAAGUGGGUGGUUGUGAAGAUGGGUGCAACUGGUUCGGUUUUAAUCACCAGGUCAAGUAUAACUUGCGCCCCUGCUUUCAAGGUGAAUGUUAUAGACACUGUCGGGUGUGGAGACAGCUUUGUGGCUGCCAUUGCAUUUGGUUAUAUACAAAAUGCGCCUUUGGUUCAUACUCUAACCCUUGCAAAUGCUGUUGGGGGUGCAACUGCUAUGGGUUGUGGUGCAGGCAGAAAUGUAGCUACCCUAGAGCAAGUGAAAGAACUCAUGAAAAGAUCAAACAUUAAUGAGGAUUUCAAACUUUGGGAGGAGUUACUUGCUGAUAUUUCAGGAACUCUGGAGGUCAACUUGCUCUCAGGGUUGCUCAUAAACAGCCAACAGCUUAACAUAGUUCCCCUGCAAAGGGUGGUCUCUGAAAUCCUACCCAAGCUCAAGCCUACUAAGUCAAAGAUUGCCAUUGCCUCUUCUACGGCAUGAGCUGUGCGAGGGUAAAUUGGGGAUUGCCUAUAGUCAACACAUUACUGCCCUUUUCUCAAGUCACCAUAGAAAUAUGACUUGAGAUGGCAGAUGUUUGGUAAAUUAGAG